ACUGCCUUUACGAUGAGGAGGGCUUUUUUAAAGCGGGCCUACCGCGACGCGGUGAGCUGGUUUGGCUCUGAGAACUAUCGCAAGGCAUUUAAAUGUUCUCCUAGUACUGCUCUUUUACAAUCUAUGGGCAAUACUUAUAGGAACCCUUUUCUGAUGCGUAUGGGUACCAUAGAUGAGGUUCGUGAGGCCUUGAGAUUGAAACUCGGCUCGCAACAGUCACUAUGGGACAAUAGUUUGGGUCUCACGGGUGUGGAUUUCACUUCUAUUGAAGACUACGUUCGGAAAUGUCUCGACACCUACACAUCUGCAUGGUCGAGUAUAAUAAACGGCUCCACCAACAUGCUACGAACGACUCGUAAAAGGAAACAAGCUUUUGCAUGUGAAUCGCCAAAACAGUUAUGGUCAUGAUCGUGGAAUUAUUGUGUCGUAAUGAGUAAUUUCCUUGAUUGCCUCGGAUACUGGAGCCAACGAGUGUUUUUAAGAAAGGAGAUAACCAUUGCAUUCACGUGGCAACAACACACUCUUAUAUCAACAAGGGCUGCAAAAGAAUGGUGGUAUAACGCAUUGUUCGGAACAUAAUAUCACUGGUUCUUAUCGGGAACAUAUGAAUUACAUCCUGCACCUAUACAAGCGGGGCACAUGUAAAGAGCGG